AUGUCUCGCGAUAUCAGCCCACUGGAAGCAAUCAGCCUCUCGGACCCGGAAAAGUCUCUGGGCGAGAAGGAAGGGUUCCAGGUCCAGUCGUCGCCGUCUCGCCCAGACAGCAUUGUCUCUGCGACCAGCCUGCGCCACGAUGCGACCCAUCGUCAGCUCAAGUCGCGUCACAUCCAGCUCAUGGGCAUCGGCGGCACCAUUGGCACGGCUCUCUAUGUGCAAAUCGGAAAAGGCCUUCUCAACGGCGGCCCUGCCAGUCUCUUUCUGGCCUUUACCAUCUGGUGUACCUUUAUCCUGGCCGUGACCAUGUGCAUGGCCGAGAUGGUGACCUUCAACCCGAUCUCGUCGCCAUUUAUCCGCUUUGCCGGCCGCUACGCCGACGAGGCCCUUGGCUUUGCAGCUGGCUGGAACUUUUUCGUCUUCGAGGCCGCACUGGUCCCGUUCGAGGUCACGGCUGCCAACCUGAUCUUGCACUUCUGGACCGACGCGAUCCCCACGGCUGCCGUGAUCGUCAUCAUCAUCGGUCUCUACGCCCUCAUCAACAUGCUGGCGGUCAAGUGGUACGGCGAGGCCGAGUUCUGGUCGGCCGUCGGAAAGGUGAUUCUAAUCGUCGGCCUGAUCGCCUUCACCUUUGUCGUCAUGGUCGGCGGCAAUCCGCAUCACGACGUGUUCGGCUUUCGGUACUGGAAGAACCCCGGCUCAUUCACGGAACUGUACUACGAGGGCAGCCUCGGCCGCUGGCUUGGCUUCCUGCAGUGUCUCAUCCAGGCUUCCUUCACGAUCGCAGGCCCCGACUACGUCUCCAUGGCCGCCGGCGAGGCCGAGAACCCGCGCAAAGUGAUGCCGCGCGCCUACAACGCCGUCUUCUACCGUCUGACCGCCUUCUUCGCCCUCGGCUCGCUCUGUGUCGGCAUCUUGGUGCCCUACAACGACCCCGAGAUGACGGCCGCCUUCCGGGAUGGUCAGCCUGGCGCGGCCGCCUCGCCCUAUGUCGUCGCCAUGAACCGGCUGCAUAUCCCUGUUCUGCCGCACAUUGUCAACGCUGUCGUCCUACUCUCGGCCUUUUCGGCCGGGAACUCGUACGUCUACUGCGCCUCGCGCUCGCUUUACGGCCUCGCUCUCGACGGCAAGGCCCCCCACUUCAUGACCUGGUGCACCAGGAGCGGCGUGCCGAUCUACUGCGUCAUCGCGACCCUGCUCGUCGCCCUUCUGUCCUUCUUGCAGCUCUCCAAUAACACGGCUGUUGUUCUCAACUGGUUUGUCUCCCUUGUCACGGCUUCGCAGCUCCUGAACUUUGCCUGCAUGUGCCUCACCUACAUCUUCUGGCAUCGGGCACUCAAGGCGCAGGGCAUCAGCCGCACGUUCAUCAUGGUCUUUGUAGGAGGCUAUACAGUGUUUCUGCCUCUUGAUGGCUACUGGAACGUUCCCGACUUUUUAUUCUCAUACACAAUGGUUGGUAUCUAUCCAGUUUUGUACCUUGGCUACAAGCUGUUCCGCAAAACAAAGAUACAAAACCCCCUCGAGAUCGACUUCCGCAAAGACCAGGCGGCUCUGGAAGAAUACGAGCGCAACUAUGCUCCUCAACCACCAACAACUGUAUUUGAGAAAUUUCUCGACAUUGUAUUUGGGUAG